UCUGCCGCUACGAUAAGAUAACGGUACGGGAAUAUUUCUCCCUAAUAGCUAACGAAAAUAACAAUCACUAUUUUACUUUUUGUUGAUUUUUUCUAAUUUCUACUAUACAAAUUUGAUUACCAGGAAAAUAUUUUAUUUUUAUUUUUUAUCAUUUGUUUUUUUUUUUACCAAAGAUAUAUUUGGUUACUUUAUUCAACUCAAUUGUCAAGGAACCUGGAUCUAGUGUAAAUUCUCUUACAUGAGACAUCACUUCAUUAGUUCUAUAAUAAUAUAAUAAACCGAUGAAAAGAUGGGGAAGUAAGGCAAAGAAUUGCCUUGUCGGAGAGGCCAGUGUCCUUAGAGUAAUGCUAAACCCUAACAUAUUGUCUUGGGGCUUGAAGCUCUCUAAAGCAACUUCACCGCUUAAACAUUGCAUCCUUCUCUCCCUCUACAUUUUAUUUGUUAUAAACCCUGGUCCAUGGACUUCCCAGCAAAUCCAUAUUUCAGAAAUCUUAAACGUUUAUACGAUAAUGGGAAGAUCACCAAUGGUUCCUAUGGCUGUUCUUGUUUAUGUUUCUCUACUGUUCUCUGUUUCUUAUUCCUCCACGUUCGUCAUCACAAAUAACUGUCCCUUUACUAUAUGGCCUGGAACUCUUGCAGGCUCUGGCACCCAGCCACUACCCACCACAGGGUUCAGGCUUGAUGUGGGACAGUCUGUUAGAAUUCCCACGGCUCUAGGCUGGUCAGGUCGUAUUUGGGCUAGGACUGGCUGCAACUUUGAUGCUAACGGCGCGGGAAAAUGUAUGACUGGAGACUGCGGCGGAAAGCUGGAGUGUGCUGGUAAUGGCGCUGCUCCGCCGACAUCUCUUUUCGAGAUCACACUCGGUCACGGUUCUGAUGACAAAGAUUUCUAUGAUGUCAGUCUCGUUGAUGGGUAUAACCUUCCCAUAGUUGCUCUCCCGACGGGUGGUGGACUGGUUGGCGCUUGUAAUGCUACAGGAUGUGUUGCUGAUAUCAAUAUUAGCUGUCCAAAGGAGCUUCAAGUGAUGGGAGAGGAAGAGGCUGAAAGAGGAGGGGUUGUUGCAUGCAAGAGCGCUUGUGAGGCCUUUGGGUUGGACCAGUACUGUUGCAGCGGUCAGUUUGCUAACCCGACCACAUGCCGACCGUCUUUAUACUCUUCCAUCUUCAAGAGAGCUUGUCCCAGAGCUUAUAGCUAUGCCUUCGAUGAUGGAACCAGUACUUUCACCUGCAAGGCUUCUGAAUAUGCAAUUAUCUUCUGCCCUGGCAGGGUAAAAAGACCAGACAGUCUGAACUCGGAUCCUCCCAGCCCACCUCAGAAUCAGUUAGGGCAACCUAUGGCUCCCCCAACUCAAAAUCAGUAUGGUCAACCUAUGGCUCCUGCACCUCAGUAUCAGUACGGUCAACCUAUGGCUCCACCGACUCAAAAUCAGUAUGGUCAACCUCUGGCUCCUCCGACUCAAAAUCAAUACGAUCAACCUCUGGCUCCUCCGACUCAAAAUCAAUAUGGUCAACCUAUGGCUCCACCAACUCCGCCCCCACCCGGACCAAACGAGGAUUCAAUGACUCCCCCACCUCAGAAUCAGAAUGGGGAUGGGCAGUUCAUGCCUCCUCCCACUUUGGACCAAGAUCCAAACGACCAGUAUAUGAAUCCCCCAAUUCAGGAUCAGAGUCAAAGAGAGACUCAAUCUUCAUCCGAUCUUCUUCGACCUUACCCUGUCUUGUUGCUUCUUGGCUUUAGUCUAACUGCUUUGAGGCAAUCUGGCACGACAUGA